AUGUGCAAGGUGCUUUUGUGGGGCGGUUUUAAUGUGCAUUCCUCUUUGUUUGGUGAAAUUUCUUUUGAACAACAACUUGAUUCUUUUAACCAUGGAAAUUGCAUUGAAGCAUUAAAUUAUCGUAGAUUAUUGAUUAAUACAUCAUGCAUGUUAUUUAAAGCUGACUAUUUUCAACAUCAAAUAAGUUCUAUCGAGGAUCAAACAAUAAAUAAAACGUUUCAGCUUUAUAUUAGAACUCCGUGA